UGCAAAUUUAACUUAUGACCACACAGAAUGUUGUAUUGAAAAAGGAGUUUCUCCAUUAUGUAGGCCAAUGUGUAGACCUAGAAAUAUUGGAGAAGAAUUUUUUGAUCCAACAAGUUGUCAAGUAGAUGAUUAUAAAAAAUUUUUAAACUGUGUAACAAAUGGAGGUAAACGUGAUUAUUUGCCCUGUUGUAGAAAGAAAGCCUUGCCUCCGUUUUGUUUUGAUUUUUGUGGAAAUAAUUUUCAGAAAUUAGAAAAAUCUCAUCGACUUUGUUUGUACUAUUUGCCUGAAAUAUUUGAUUGUUUUAGUCAACAAUACGCACUUUUUCCUCCGCCUGCUCCAAAAAAUUUACAAAUUAGAGAAGUUGGUAGUGGAAAUCGACGAUUUUGUUUUACAAUUGAGAAUCUAAAAAAUACAGUAAAAAUCCCUUCCUUUGUUGUUCAUCUACAAGAAAUGAAUGUUGUAACAGACACAAUGAAUGGUAGAGAUGCCGCAGUUGAAGAGUUUAGAAAACUUCGUAAAAGGAGUGAAAAUAAAUCUGGACAAUUAUAUGGAGUCACAUUAAUUAAAGAAUUGAGAGGAGGUGGAACUAAACCUGUACUUAUUACAAAAAUAAUUGCUUCUAGUAAUGAAAAGGGAAUUAAUUCUGAAAUUUGUAUUCCCCUAGAAAGUAUUACAAACAAAUCAAAAUCAACUUAUCUAGUCUAUGUAGAAGCUAUUAAUGAUUAUGGUACCUCAGAACCGAGCAAAUCGUUUUUAAUUACUGAGGAGGGGGUAAUGCAUCCAGCAAAGUAA